AAUUAGGGUUUAGCGCAUUAAAUGGCGCCCCGGAAGAACACUGUUAACAGCCGGGAAGGAAGCGCGAGGCGAUCUGGGACAGGGAUCUUGAGCGUGGGAUGAGAUCGCCAUGGGCUGAUCGCCAUGGAGGAGAGUUUUUUCUCCCAGAUAAGGCAGGAGAUUGCGGACGAGUAUGAGAAGAGGAAUGCCAAGCUUGCCGAGUGCUUGCGAUCCAUGGAAGGUGUCUAUGACAAGCAAAAGCAGGAUUUCCAGAAGAAGCAAACCUCGCUCGAGGCGGAGAACAAAGAGCUCAAGAAAAGGCUAGAGAUGGGUUUUUCGCUCGGACCCGGGCCAAAAUCCAAGCACGAUGGGCUGCACGACGGAGAACCCAGGCGAGUCAAAGAACUCGAAAGCAAGAUUCGAGAAUUAAACCAGGAGCUCCAGAAAAAGGAAGAACUGACUGGUUACCGAAGAAAGAGAGACGACUGGGCGAAGUUGAAGCUCGAGGCCGAGGUGAAAGCUCUCCGCAAGAAAGCCACGGUUGGAUGGAUGCUUGGAAGUCUAUGGGAAGUGAGCCUCCAGGGUGACGACCUUGGAGAAACCAUAUCCAUGGUGAAAAUGCUGAGGAAGCUACAGAAGGACCUGGAACGCGAAAGCUGGAACGUCACGGGUGGAAGCACCGAUGCUCUGGACAAAGAUGUGCAAGUUCUCCUGGACAAUGUUCAUGCGGUCAUUCAGAAAUCUGGAGUCCCAGUUAAGAGCAGUAAAAAGGACGAAAGCUCUCAGGCGCCGACGUCUCCCACUGCGGAACGCAUGGCCAGAAUCGGCCUCGUCAUGUCCCCUCGAUCUCCGGCCUCUCCGGCCUCUCCGGCCACUCCAAAGUCUCCGAGAAGAUCAGUCCCUUCCACUUCCGUGAGCUUUGCGAAGGAGAAAGAGAAGGAAAGAGACAGAGACGUGCCAAGCGCGCUAGCAAACACGCUCCUCGAGAUGCACAACUUAUGCGAGGAUCCGGAAGUCCAAGGCAAGGGCCGGGGUGAUAUCAAGCAAAUGCUCUCCAGCAUCGACGCAAACAUCAGAGCUCUGCUCGAGUCCGAAAAGAAGCGCACCACUGCGAACAGUGACAAUCCAGUUGGAAAGCCAAGCUCGCCACCAACAAAAACCGUGUGGAAAGGAUGAAAAAAAAACAGCUUUUUUUCUUCGCCAAGAUGAAGAACACUCGUUUAGAAGCUCAUGGAAGUAUUGUCCUUCGAUUAAAGCUCUAGAACAACCAUGCGUGCGAUCAAAGUCAGAAACAAGCGAAAGAAGUUCUUACCGA